ACCUUCCCCUUCCGACAGACUCAGUAUAGCGGCUCCUGGAGAAAACACCGCUGGAUGCCUGCCUGCAGGUGGAUACCGACUCUUUACCGUUAUCGUAAGAGCCGAUGGGACGUCUCGGAGUAGAGGAGAAACUUUAAAACAUCUUUAACGUUAGCUGGUGGUGAUGAAGGCAGGUUGUCGGACAUUAACUAACAUCUGUCUUGUCAGUUGUGUUUCUCGUUGUGUCGGUUAACGAGCCGUUUACGUAUCGCCAGCUACCAGGUUAGCUCUGUACAUUAGCUAGAUCAAAGCAAUGCUUUUAUCACAUUUGGAGCUAUGGAUAACAUAUUGGGAGUGUGUUUCCAGACCUUAUACGGUGUUCAUCUGCUCCCUCACGGCCGCAUUGUACUAUCUGUGGGGCCGCAAUUGUCAGGUACCAACCCUGGUUUCUAGCCAGACAUUCAGUGCGUUCCUCCACAAGCACUGUCCAGUGGUGGCUGAGCGCUUCAGUCCCACGCCGUGGUGCUGGGGAGGUCGGCUUCAAACGCUGGUCUGUGCCAUCCUUAAGUCCAGACCCCUUGUCACUUAUCGCAAUGAGCGGAUCCGUACAGUUGAUGGGGGUCAGAUCUCCCUGGACUGGGUGGACAAUCAGGCCAGCGAGACCUACCCAGAAUCCUCUACCCGCCCCACGGUACUGAUCCUCCCAGGCCUGACGGGGAACAGCCAGCAGUCCUAUGUGCUCCAUGCUAUUAGCCAGGCCACCCGCCGCGGCUACAGAUGUGUGGUCUUCAACAACCGAGGCGCUGCAGGGGAGGAGUUGUUGACACCUGUUACCUACUGCGCGGCCAAUACCUCAGAUCUUGAGUGUGUGGUGCACCAUGUCAAAGGACUUUACCCACAUUCCCCUGUUCUUGGUGCUGGUGUGUCUUUGGGAGGCAUGUUAUUGUUAAAUUACCUGGCCCGUAAACGCUCACAUUCAGGGAUGGUGGCAGGUAUCACCAUCUCAGUCCCCUGGGACGCAGUGAAGUCCUCCGCCUCAAUGGAAGAGCCACUCAACUGGCUGCUCUUCAACAAAUACCUCACGAGCGGCCUGUGUCGGGUUGUCACCAGGCACAGGAAGGUUCUGGAGAAAGUGGUGGACGUUGACUAUGUUGUGAAGGCACAGACUAUCCGUGAGUUUGACGAACGCUUCACCUCUUUGCUGUUUGGUUAUAAAUCUUGUGUGGACUAUUACCGCGAUGCCAGCCCAGCCAAAAAACUCCCCAAUACAGCAGUACCCAUCUUGUGUCUAAACGCUGCUGAUGACCCCUUUUCUCCCCAACAUGCCUUCCCGUUGGCCAUAGUCCAGAACCUGCCUAAUGUGGCCCUGUUGUUGACGGCGCAUGGUGGACACAUCGCCUUCCUGCAGGGGUUGUUUCCCCGCGGCGAGAGCUACAUGGAGCGCCUGUUUGGUCAAUUUGUCCAAGCCGUCUUUGAACACCCAAAGGAUAUCAAGAAAGCCUGUGGCAUUAAGGAGGAGAAGAUGAGCUGAUCAUCUUUCACCCCGUCGCUCUGCACUCUGAACCUGACCUAAUAUCCGAACGACUGCUAGCUCCGAAGAAUAUGAAGUCAGUGGCAUCAUAGCAACAAUUCACAAAAAUGCCGUAAUUUUACCACAGAAAUUAUGUUUCCUCCAUGUUUGCACAGAGAAUGAUCAACUGUAUUGUACAAUCAUGUGACCUCAACACAGCUACAAGCUAAUCUACCUCCUCGUCGCCUCAGGUUCUCUUUUAAUGAGCAAUUAAAGGAGGAUUAAAAAAAGUCAAGAAUAAAUUUUCAUUGUUCAGGAUUCUUUCAGCCAGCUAGUUAAAGUUAAAGGGUAACUUCUGUAUUUUUCAACCUGGAAAGGAUCCCAGUAGCGGUAGACCUUUUUUUUUUUAAAGAGUAAGAUCCUUUUUGCUUAACCAGAAAGUUGCUAUAACGCUCUCAUCAAAGCCACCAGACUCUUGAUAAUUUUACCUCACAGAACAUGGGACUAGCUGGUCUACCGCUGCCUCGGUUGGUUAGUUUGUGUUAUUGUAUGACUUUGGUGUUUCAAAGGGUAAAAAAACCCCACCAAAGUCACACAACAAAACAGACCAACUGAUUGAGGCAGUGGUAGACCGCAGAGGUAAAUCUACCUUUUUUGUUAAGGGAGUCUUGUAGCUUUGACGAGUGCGAUAUGGCUGUCAAACAAAAAUGAUUUAACUCUUGAAGAAAAGGUCUGACUCAAUAGGGAUCCUUUCCAUGAUGUUGUCAAACAACUAUAAUAACAAUCUGAGCCUGUCAGUGGCAAAAACAAGCACUUUAGUCGAAAAACUUUGACGGGGCGCAGUUGCCUGCAAGGAUUACAUUGCAGCCCUGUCUCGUUGCUGCCAACUGCAAGGUACUCGGCCAAUACUGGACCAUUUUCAAAAAAUGUUGUCCCACUUAGUCACGUAGACACAAAACAUUAGAAAAAUAGGGUCCAAUUUACAAAAUACUGAACUUAUCCUUUAAUGCCUACAAUUGCAUCUGCAAAAAAAGAAGUAGUGUAUAUACAUGAUUUGUCAAUAGAAUGUAAGUUGCUUUUAAUCACGUUUCUCCCACAUACCGUCCCCACUUAACAUGUAGUGUGUGUAAAAAACAAAAUGCACUAUUAGUCCCUAGAAAAUGAGUACUUGGACUUGAAGUACUAUUUAAAAAUAUUAUUUAAAUAGAAGUUAAGUUAAUAUGAAAAUUAGAAUAGUAAUAUUGUCCUGUUGAUAUUGGUAUACUGUUUGCUUUGCCUCACGUUACUUUGGUUUUGCAAGACUUGUUUUGCUUGAAGUGAGUAACAUGCCUUAAAAAGAUUAUACUUCCCCAUCUAUAAGCCCUGUAUGCAAACUUUACACAUGGUUUCUCAAUUCCUAGCAUACUCCAAGAUAAUCCUGCAAGCAGGCUCACCCUGAAAACUCCAUACUGCAGGAAUAAAUCUGCCGUGAAGAAAAUACUUUAUAUCAUCUGAGUUUUUGAUUUCAACACAAGAAGGGGAAAUCUAAACAUAUUGCAUGCUUGUAUAUGCUAUUGCAGUGUGCUUGGUUGCAGUGUAAGUUACGCAGUCCAUCAGAGGUAACUGGUGUCAAAAAACCCCACUAAAUCUCAGUGUGGUAAUUGAGCUAUUUGUACCAGUUGUCAAUCAUUUGUUCAUAGCUACUGGUUCUGAAUUUGCCUGUGUUGUAAUUUGCCUUUGUCAUAGAAACACAUUGUUUGGAGAAUUGGUGGUGGAUAAAAGAAUGUCUCAUAUGUGUGUAUUGUGGCCAUAUUAAGUACACAUGAUAAUUAUUUGAAGUGUAGUUUGCAGUUAUAGGAGGGCAUUUGUCAUGAAUUUGAUCACUGAAGUAUUUAAAAGUGUGUGUGCACUGAAUGUCUUUUAAAAUCAGUUUAGAAAAUGUAUUAUGUAUCACCAAUAGAGCACUGAUGAUAUAAACACAAAAUGAUAUUAUGCCAAAAUUUAAGCUACUCUUAAUUUCAGAUUUAAUGUCCUUUGCACCAGACGCUACAGUUGUUUGACUUGACUUUAAACAGGAAAUGUUUUCAACUGGGACUCAAGAACUUGAGUGUGUGUUAAGAGUAGAGUGGCAAAUGUUACUAAUAGCUGGCUUAUUGAGUUUAUUUGCUCAUCAGCUCUUUGCAAUGUUCACCACAUUUACUUGCCUUUAAUUGCUGUGUUUUUUUUAGUGGACAGGUGUUUUUUUCCCCAGUUUCACUUCUGUAUGAGCUAUAACCACAACGUCAUCUGUCAUAUCUAUUUGAUUUUUGAAAUACACUUGAAUUAAAGAAUGAUAAUAAAACUAAUUUUAA